AUGAAUCGCCAAUUCAUCCUUGAAGUUAUCAAGGAAGCUCACGUACCAAAUUCGGCGAAAAAGAAGUAUUUGUCACACCAAUUGAACCAUCUUUUAACAGCACCAAGCAGCGAUGUUGGUGCCAAGUCCUACACGUUCGACGAGGUUAUUCAGGAUCAAGAGAAAGUCGCAGAGGGCUCCAGAAAAAAUGACGAUAGGGUUGCCAUUUUAAGUGACGUUAUUCAUGUGAUGAUUAGUGAACCCAUGCUACCCGAGGAUGUCUUUCAAGCAUUAUCAACAUCAAUUAGAAAUGGCAGCCGAAACUGGGACAACAUUCUCUUCUUGAUCACUGCUUGGAUAGGGAGGCUGGAAUUCGAGGCGGCUUCCGUGUUGAAAAAGAUGAUCAACAUUCUAAUGCGAGAAUGCGUCCAAUCUCAGAACGAAGAGCUCGUUUCCCUUGCCUUCAUUCUGGCCCGACACUGCUCCCUCGUUGCUCCUACCACGCCCAAGAUUUUCCCACGCUAUCAAAUCUGGUACUCGGAAACGUUUAGCGAGCCAUAGUCACCUGCCAAAGAUGUGGACACGUUCACCUUCCUCUCCAGUUUACUCGCUCGAUGGAAUCCGUUCGAACCCAGUUGUUUUCUCCAAACGCAGGCAAUCUUUCGACCUUUCAUCCCAAAGACAGAGGAAUGCAGAGCUAUGUGGAAGUUGUAUGAGGACCU